AUGAAGAUCCAGAUGUCCACCUUCAGCUUCAAGGUACGGUUCUACGUCAUCGACGCCAACACGUCAUACUCCGCGCUUCUAGGGAGGCCGUGGAUUCACAAGUAUCGGGUGGUGCCGUCUACUCUGCAUCAAUACUUGAAGUUCCUCGAUGGGAGCAAGACACAACAGCGUAUCAUCGGCAACAUGUCACCAUAUACCAUACAGGAGGCGUACCAUGCAGAUGCCAAAUACUACUUCCCAGUCGAGGAGUACAAGCACCAGCUUGGUCGUGUUGCACCUGCAGCAGACAUCGUGUUGAAGCUGGGCACUACAACACCCGAGGUGAAAGCCCUCAUCAUGCCAUGCUCUCCUUCCAAGCAAAGGAUCUCCCCAAGAUCUAGGAGGACUAGGCAGGGGGCGGGAGGCAUCUCCUCCACACCCAUAACCAUUCCUUCAUCAUUAAAUGUGGGAGUCUCUCCAUCAACGCCGGUCACCUUAAGGUCCACACGAAGGCCUUUAUUGACAUUUGCCUCUUCAUCCAAGGAGAUCCCACGAGAUGAGGUGCAUCCAAAGUCUGGUGCAUUGACCAUUGGGAGUUCCACAAGUGGGCAAGGGGGCGCCAAGCCGCUCGUAAUGAGUAAAAAUGCACCAACAAUCACUACAACUCAGGCGUCUACAAGUCAAGCCAUAAUGGCGCCGGAAGGAGCUGUCAAGAAGAGAGUCGCUGAAAUAGAAGGAGUGGCAACGAGCGCUGAGUGUAUGCAGCCUCCAGCAUUGUACAUAUCGACAACCUCUGAGUUGGAAGUAUGGACAAUUCCAGGUCACUCCCCUUCUUCACCGCGCACUAUCUUCUAUAAGGUGCCACAAGUACAACAUUGUGACUUUGUGCAUGAAUUCCCUAACCCUGAUCAUGAUGUAGACGAAGCACUGACAACCAUGAAGGCCGAGCCUGGGAUGGCUCACUUGUUAGAGAAGGCUGGAAUUACUCUCGGCCCGAAUAAUAGAAUGCCACCACCACCAGCUAUAUGCGAGCAAUGGUGGAGUCAAGCGGAAGCUCUGGUCAAGGCGAAACAUAAAGUCCAAUCAAAGUUUGGACUUGGCUACCGACACAUCGACACCUCUGAUGAAGGAAGAGAUCCAGUUAAUGCCAAUGUUGUCCACUGCUUCACCAUAUCAACCACCACAAAUGAUGAAGCUAGCUACUCAUACCAUCCUCGACACCAGGCAGUUGAAGGUGGAGAGCUAGACGCUACACCUGCACCUCAACAACUUGAAGAUGGUGGGCAACCUACCGUUGAUGAGCUUGUGCAAAUCAACCUAGGAACUGAAGAGGACCCGCGACCUACCUUUGUAAGCGCCACGCUCACGGAGGAGGAGCGAGAAGAUUAUCGAAGCUUCCUAAUGGAGUAUAUAGAUUGCUUCGCAUGGAGCUACAAAGAGAUGCCUGGGUUGGACCCUAGUGUCGCCACUCAUAAAUUGGCGAUUGACCCACAAUGUCGUCCUGUGAAGCAAGCACCUCGACGUGUCCGACCUGAGUUUCCAGACCAAGUCAUAGCUGAGGUUGACAAGUUGAUCACAGCCGGGUUCAUCAAAGAGAUACAAUACCCUCGCUGGCUCUCGUCUAUUGUCCCCGUGGAGAAGAAGAAUGGACAAGUUCGAGUCUGCGUUGACUUUCGCGACUUGAACCGAGCUUGUCCUAAGGAUGACUUCCCCCUACCAGUCACAGAGUUGGUAGUCGAUGCCACCACUGGGUUUGAUGCCUUGUCCUUUAUGGACUGGUCCUCCGGUUACAACCAAAUCAAGAUGGACCCUGUGGAUGCACUCGACACCACCUUCAGGACACCUAGAGGCAACUUCCAUUAUACAGUGAUGCCUUUUGGGUUGAAGAACGCUGGUGCAACCUACCAACGGGCCAUGACAUACAUCCUCGGUGACCUAAUCCACCACUCUGUCGAGUGUUACGUCGACGACAUGGUGGUAAAGACAAAGGACCGCAGGAACCAUCAAGAUGACCUUAGGGUGGUGUUUGAGCGGUUGCGUCGACACCAGCUCAAGAUGAACCCCCUCAAGUGCGCAUUUGCUGUCCGGUCAGGUGUCUUCCUCGGCUUUGUUGUUCGACAUCGCGGCAUCGAGAUUGAGCCAAAGAAGAUCACGGCCAUCCUUGAGAUGCCAUCGCCCCAAAAGCUAAGUGAGCUGAGGACACUCCAAGGACACUUGGCCUACAUUAGGCGCUUCAUCUCAAAUCUCUCUGGACGCAUACAACCCUUCUCUAAGCUAAUGAAGAAGGGAGCACCAUUUGUAUGGGAUGAGGAGUGCCAAAACUGCUUUGAUAGCAUCAAAAGGUACCUUCUUAAUCCUCCAGUGUUGGCUGCUCCUAUAAAAGGACGCCCUCUCAUUCUUUACAUUGCUGCGCAGCCUUCCUCACUAGGCGCCCUACUCGCUCAACAUAAUGAUGAAGGCAAGGAGGUGGCGUGCUACUACUUGAGCCGCACCAUGGUGGGUGCUGAACGCAACUAUUCCUCCAUCGAGAAGUUGUGCUUGGCACUGAUCUUUGCUUUGAAGAAGUUAAGGCAUUACAUGUUGGCACAUGAAAUCCAGCUAGUGGCAAGGGCAGAUCCAAUAAAGUAUCUGCUCAGUCAACCCGCACUCACUGGACGGCUAGCAAAGUGGGUUCUUCUCAUGACAGAGUUUGAUCUCACAUUUGUGCCGCAAAAAGCUAUUAAAGGACAAGCUCUGGCGGAGUUCCUGGCGGCACAUCCUGUACGUGACGACUCCCCACUCAUCACCGAGUUACCUGAUGAGGACGUCUUCACCACUGACAUCGAGGCUCCAUGGGAGCUCUACUUUGACGGUGCCUCACGAGCGGAAGUCGCCCUCGAUGGUACCUCAAGACGAAGAGCUGGAGCUGGGCUGGUGUUCAAGACCCCACAGGGAGGAGUGAUGUACCACUCAUACUCCCUUCUCAAGGAGGAGUGUUCCAAUAACGAAGCGGAGUAUGAGGCACUCAUCUUCGGCCUCCUCCUAGCACUUUCCAUGGAGGUAUGUUCCCUGCGAGUUCAUGGGGACUCUCAGCUCAUUGUUCGACAGAUCAAUGGGGUCUAUGAAGUCCGUAAAUCGGAACUCAUGCCAUAUUGUGAGGCAGCUCAAAAACUCAUGAAUAAAUUCAAAAAUAUUGAAAUUCUUCAUGUCCCACGAAGCAGGAAUGCUCCAGCUGAUGCUUUGGCAAAGCUCGCAGCGGCGCUUGCCCUUCCCGAAGGUAAACCCGCACAAGUCACUAUCGAGGAGAGGUGGCUACUUCCUGCUGUAUUAGUGCUCAUCUCGGCGGAACAGGAAGUCGACACUGUCACCAUGGGGGCCAUCAAAGAGGACGAUUGGCGCAAACCCUUCCUCGACUACUUCAAGCAUGGCAGUCUCCCAGAUGAUAUAGUGAAGAGACGUCAGCUACAACGACGACUUCCAUCCUAUGUCUACAAAGGAGGUGUGCUCUACAAGCGCGCCUACGGACAAGAGAUGCUCCUACGAUGUGUGAACCGUCAUGAGGCCGAUGAAGUGUUGAAGGAGGUUCAUCAUGGAGUUUGCGGUGGGCACCAGAGUGGCCCAAAAAUGUAUCAUAGUGUUCGCUUGGCUGGGUACUAUUGGCCGGGCAUCAUGGCAGAUUGCCUAGAAGUGGCGAAGACGUGCCAUGGUUGCCAAAUCCAUGGCAAUUUCAAGCAUCUACCGCCAGUACCACUUCACCCGACGGUCCCUUCAUUGCCGUUCGACGCUUGGGGCAUGGACGUCAUCGGCCCCAUUGACCCUCCUUCUUCUGGAGGUCAUCGCUUUAUCCUUGCUGCAACGGACUACUUCUCCAAAUGGGCGGAGGCAGUACCAUUGCGCAAGGUGAAGAGCGCUAACGCCAUCAAUUUUCUGGAGCGACACAUCAUAUACCGCUUCGGAAUUCCACGUCGCAUCACAUCUGACAAUGCUAAAGCUUUCAGAUCAGACAAGAUGCAUAGGUUUAUGGAGAAGUAUAAAAUCAAGUGGAACUACUCCACUGGCUAUUAUCCCCAGGCAAACGGGAUGAUAGAAGCGUUCAACAAGACCCUCGGCAAGAUACUUAAGAAAACAGUGCACAAGCAUAGGAGAGACUGGCAUGAUCGUCUCUUCGAAGCACUAUGGGCGUACCGCGUCACGGUCCGUACCCCAACUCAAGCCACCCCAUAUUCUCUUGUGUAUGGGUGUGAGGCAGUUUUGCCUCUAGAGAUUCAGCUACCAUCAUUACGGGUGGCUAUUCAUGAUGGGCUAACUCAGGAUGAACAGGUCCGACUCCGGUUCCAGGAACUCGAUGCCCUAGAGGAGGGUCGCCUCAAGGCUGUACAAGAACUGGAGCUAUAUCGCCACAACAUGGCGAGGGCCUACAACAAGCUCGUCAAGCGGCGCGCCUUCAGGAAAGGUGAACUGGUGCUCGCGCUUCGGCGUCCUAUCGUUGUCACACACAAGACGAAAGGAAAAUUCGAGCCCAAGUGGGAAGGACCAUACGCCAUCGAACAAGUCUACAACGGAGGCGCCUACCAACUGGUCGAUCAACAAGGAGUCCGACCAAUGCCGCCCAUCAAUGGAAGGUUCUUAAAAAAAUAUUUUGCAUAA